AAACUACAUCUCUCUCUAUAUAACAAACCCCAAAACCUCUCAACAAACACACACACAAUAACCACAACAAUGGCUACUUCAAGAACACUCAUUUCCUCCAAUCUCUUCAUCUUCUUCCUCGUUAUGGCUACUACUACCAAUGGUCAGGCUCCAGCUCCGACCCCUUCAGGUCCAACCAACAUAACUGCAAUCCUAGAAAAAGCUGGUCAGUUCACACUGUUCAUAAGGCUCCUCAAAAGCACUCAAGCCUCAGACCAAAUCAACACUCAGCUCAAUUCUUCCUCGAGCAAUGGCUUAACCGUGUUUGCCCCUACCGAUAACGCCUUCAACAGCCUCAAAUCAGGAACCUUAAACUCAUUGUCCGACCAGCAAAAAGUUCAGCUUGUUCAGUUCCAUGUCCUUCCCACGCUCUUGACCAUGCCUCAGUUUCAAACCGUUAGUAACCCCAUACGCACGCAAGCUGGUGAUGGCCAGAACGGUAAAUUUCCUCUAAACAUCACUAGCUCCGGUAACCAAGUCAACAUCACCACCGGAGUUGUGAGCGCCACCGUGGCCAACUCUGUCUACAGCGAUAAGCAGCUCGCCGUUUACCAGGUCGAUCAAGUUUUGCUGCCAUUAGCGAUGUUCGGAUCAAGCGCGGCUCCUGCUCCGGCGCCUGAGAAAGGUGGAUCAGUUUCGAAAGGUUCAGCUUCCGGUGGCGAUGAUGGAGGAGAUUCUACUGAUNAUCGAGUCUCCACAUUGGAAAUUUUAAGAAUAACAACGAGAGCUAUAAAUUUGUUGUACUUUGAAUUUGUGUUAUAG